CUGUUGAAGCAGAUGCCUACCUAAUUUGACAGUCUUGGUGUGCUUAAAAAUUUUUGAGUUUGCAAAUAAGCACAUUAAGUCUACUGAUGGAGCCUUCGGGCAGUGAACAAUUAUAUGAGGACCCUGAUCCUGGAGGCAAAUCCCAAGAUGCAGAGGCCAGAAAGCAGACAGAAUCAGAACAAAAGUUGUCUAAAAUGACCCACAAUGCUUUGGAGAACAUUAAUGUGAUUGGCCAAGGCUUGAAGCAUCUCUUUCAGCACCAGCGCAGGAGGUCAUCAGUGUCUCCACAUGAUGUGCAGCAAAUUCAGACAGAUCCAGAACCUGAAAUGGAUCUGGAAAGCCAGAAUGCAUGUGCUGAGAUUGAUGGUGUCCCCACCCACCCUACAGCUUUGAAUCGUGUCCUGCAGCAGAUCAGAGUGCCACCCAAGAUGAAGAGAGGGACGAGCUUGCAUAGUAGGCGGGGCAAGCCAGAGGCCCCAAAGGGAAGUCCCCAAAUCAACAGGAAAUCUGGUCAGGAGAUGGCAGUUGUUAUGCAGUCAGGCCGACCCAGGUCUUCAUCCACAACUGAUGCUCCUACCAGCUCUGCUAUGAUGGAAAUAGCUUGUGCUGCUGCUGCUGCUGCUGCAAGUCUACCAGGAGAGGAAGCAACUGCAGAACGGAUCGAGCGGUUGGAAGUAAGCAGCCUCGCCCAGACUUCCAGUGCAGUGGCCUCCAGCACUGAUGGCAGCAUCCACACAGACUCCGUGGAUGGAACACCAGACCCUCAGCGCACAAAGGCUGCCAUUGCUCACCUGCAGCAGAAAAUCCUGAAGCUCACAGAACAGAUCAAGAUUGCACAGACAGCCCGGGAUGACAACGUUGCUGAGUACUUGAAGCUUGCCAACAGUGCAGAUAAGCAGCAGGCAGCCCGCAUCAAGCAGGUAUUUGAGAAGAAGAACCAGAAAUCUGCCCAGACCAUCCUCCAGCUACAAAAGAAGCUUGAGCACUACCACAGGAAGCUCCGAGAGGUGGAGCAGAAUGGGAUCCCCCGGCAGCCAAAAGAUGUCUUCAGGGACAUGCACCAGGGUCUGAAGGAUGUGGGAGCAAAGGUGACUGGCUUCAGUGAAGGUGUGGUGGAUAGUGUCAAAGGUGGACUUUCCAGCUUCUCCCAAGCCACCCAUUCAGCAGCAGGGGCUGUGGUCUCAAAGCCCAGAGAGAUUGCCUCACUGAUUCGGAACAAAUUUGGCAGUGCAGACAAUAUCCCUAACCUGAAGGACUCUUUAGAGGAAGGCCAAGUGGAUGAUGGGGGGAAGGCUUUGGGGGUGAUUUCCAACUUUCAGUCAAGCCCAAAGUACGGUAGUGAGGAAGAUUGUUCUAGUGCCACUUCAGGCUCAGUGGGAGCCAACAGCACCACUGGGGGUAUCGCUAUAGGAGCAUCCAGCUCCAAAACAAACACCCUGGACAUGCAGAGCUCAGGAUUUGAUGCAUUACUACAUGAGAUCCAGGAGAUUCGGGAAACCCAGGCAAGACUAGAGGAAUCCUUUGAGACCCUCAAGGAACAUUAUCAAAGGGACUAUUCCUUAAUAAUGCAGACCUUACAGGAGGAGCGAUAUAGAUGUGAACGAUUAGAAGAACAACUAAAUGACCUAACGGAGCUCCACCAGAAUGAAAUCUUGAACUUGAAGCAGGAAUUGGCCAGCAUGGAAGAGAAAAUCGCCUAUCAGUCCUAUGAACGGGCCCGAGACAUCCAGGAGGCCCUGGAGGCGUGCCAGACCCGCAUCUCCAAGAUGGAGCUGCAGCAGCAGCAGCAGCAAGUGGUGCAGCUGGAAGGGCUGGAGAAUGCCACCGCUCGGAACCUUCUGGGCAAACUCAUCAACAUUCUCCUGGCUGUCAUGGCUGUUCUUUUGGUCUUUGUCUCCACAGUAGCCAACUGCGUGGUCCCCCUUAUGAAGACUCGCAACAGGACGUUCAGCACUUUAUUCCUUGUGGUUUUCGUUGCCUUUCUCUGGAAGCACUGGGAUGCCCUCUUCAGCUAUGUGGAACGGUUCUUUUCAUCCCCCAGAUGAUGCUGGCACAAGAAUGCAGUGCUCCCUCCCCUCUGGCGAGUGCAUGCAGCAGAGAGUUAGACAGCAACUUACCUACUCUGAAGUUUUCUACAACAACAAAAGAGUUGAGUGAAUCUGUUUACAUUUAGGAUAAUGUUUUUUUCUUCAAGAGACGCAAUUGCAAUAGUAUUUUUUAGAUUUUAUCCAAGAAGUUUUUUGGGCAAAAAUCUUGGAUCAUUUUUAUGUAGCAUGAUUUUCCUCGGGAUGCAAAUCUUAAACAGUUCUUUAACAUGAAACAACAAUCUGGAGCACACUGAAGGGCAUUCUAAAUUGUGGCUUGAAGGACUGCACUAAAACCCACUAAAAAGAUAAAAAAAAAAACCUGAUUAGGGCAAACCAAUUAUACCUAACACCUUGCCUUGUCUGGGCUCACCACCUCUUCCCAUCCCAGAAUAACUUUACUGUGAAAUCCUACCACAUUCCAUGUCUGAAUUCUGGAUUCAGGGUGGAUUUUCCUUGUCCGUGGAAGAACACAUGGAUCUCCCUGGCUUUCUCACCCAAGCUGGCCACUCACACUAACCCUAGAAGUAUGGUCACUUUUGAGCCUGGUCCCUUAACCUUGCUAGGAUACAAAAGUGAGAGCAUCGUGCCCCACAGGAUCACUGCACAGUUCUAUUACAGUAUUUUGACAUAGCCCUCUACAUAUGUGAUUUUAAGCAAAGUCCCUUGGCCGCACUUUUAAGGUUUUUUUUUUUUAUAUGUGUAUAGUUACCAACUUAAUAAAAAAUCUGAACAGCAUACUUGAAGAAUGUAAUACUCAAACUCAGUGCUUCCUUAUGGUUUCUAAUAGGAUUUUUUAUUAUUGUUAUUAUUAUUAUUAUUAUUAUUAUUAUUAUUAUGGGUUUUUUUGGAAAGGGUUGGGAGGGUCUUUUAUCUUUCCUUUGAAAUAAAGAAGUGAUGUUUUUAAAUGAAGAAAUGUGUGGAUAUUUAAGUGUGCUGCUCCCUCUUGUCUUGAAACAGUUUAAGAAAGACUUGCUAUAAAUGCUGCCCUCUGCCGCCCUUGUUUUGAAAUACAGCUUAAACUCCAUUCUCUGGCUGCUGCUGCUUUCUGGUGUCCUGCCACCCCCACACCACUGCUUUCAGGCUUGGCUUGGUUGGAGAGGAAAGGGGUAUGCAGGGAGAGGGGGAGGCUAUUUCCACAAACCAGCGUGGGAGGAGAAGGACUUUUUUUUACCCCAAGAAAAUGUUCACCCAGUGACCUUGGGCUGGGGUCGUCUUUAGAAAAAAUUGAUACUAUGUUAUGAGAGUCAUAAAUAAUGCCUUGUUUCCUUAAUUUAUUUUUUAAUACCCCGUAAUUACUGAAACCAAAGUGAUGUGAAGUCUUCUGUCUGCAUUUUGGCCCCAGCAUCCUUAAUUUCGAAGCUUUAUUCUGUCUGCCUAAGAGAAUCAAUUGAAAAUGAUUCUCCUACAGAACAGAAGAGGAAAUGUCAGGUUAGAAGGGCCCAUGUUUUGGGUGUACAAUAUUGCCAGCUUCUUAUUAAUCUAGAUGACUUAUUAACCUAACUAGGCUCAGAUCAGUGGACUUUUAUAGACAGUUUAGAAAAAUGGUGUGAGCCUUCUUCCCCAUCCUAUAGCCAGUUCCAUCAUCCUGGUGGAACGUGAACUUUUAGAGCUUAUCUAGAAAGCUUGGUUAAUCUUUACAUAUUAUUCGUAGUUUUGGGUCACAAAUGCUGUUCCCUCUUUGCCUCAUUCUGUGCAUCUAAGUGGUGAGUGGGGGCAUUUAAUAUGCCCUAAAAAGAGUAGCAAAGUAUGCUUUGCCUAUUUUCCCCAUACCAGGAAAUUCUUUUGGAACUAGAUUAGCAUUGCCCUAUCUGUCUGAAAAGAUGGUUUACAUGACAGCUCAGCCUCCUUUUGCUUUGGCAAGCUGGCCUUUUCAGAGUCAGUGUGUUGUUUCCAUAAUCACUUUGGCAUUUUAACUCAGGUACCCCAGUCUUCACCCAGACUAUUGCAGUAUACCAGUUAGCUCUGUUGCCUCCUCAAAAUUCACACCCAGAGCAAGGACCACAGGGGUGAUUUUUCUUUUAAGAAAAUAAUUAGAAACAAUUCAUGUUCAUGCCAGAAACAAAUUGUCCACAAGCCUAUAUACUCUUAAUGUUAACUUUGCAUAAAAAGUAUUGUAGUGAGGUCCAGCCCGUGGCUCACUUGGGAGAGUGUGGUGCUGAUAACACCAAGGCCACAGGUUCGGAUCCUAUAUAGGGAUGACUGGUUAGCUCACUGGUUGAGCAUGGUGCUGACAACACCAAGCCAAGGGUUAAGAUCCCCUUACCGGUCAUCUUUAAAAAAAAAAAAAAGAUUGUAGUGACUUUAGGCAAGAAUGCCAAAGGACACUAUGACCUUGUCAAACUAACACAGUUUCUCCUUUGGCUUUAUUGCUCAAAAUAGAGAAGAUAAGCCCACAAAGUUGUUGAAAAGAUGCUCUAGCCACAACCCACCAGUUUUUCUAAAGUAGGAUUUUUGAGUUCCCUAAAUUGCAUGGAGGCUACUAAAUUUUGGGGGCACUGGAAGUCACUGUGGUAGAUGAAUGGAAGUUGUUCCUAGUUGCCUUGGGACAGUUUCCUUCAAGGGAAAGUUUUCAUCUCUGGAAAGCCCCCUGAACUCCAGCCAAACAGGUCCAUGCUGACUUUGCAUCUUCCUCUCUCAGACUGUCUUAGGAAGGACCUUCAGUCCAGAUCAGGCACAGUAAUGGCUUUCUAGCUCUUUGGUUAUUCAUCAGGCCCAACAGUUGUCUGCAUUUAACGCUACUUGUAACCUUGGAUCUGUUUUCACACCUUCCUGUACUUUUUGCUGCCCAUCCCUGUUGCCUUUGAGUUUCUUUGCAUUGUGGCUGUUCUUGGGUUCUCUUGUCUGUUCAAAGCUCUUCUGUAACCUUGCUCGCUAAUGGUUUAACAAUUGUUCUGGGUGGAAACUUAGCCUCACUUUAAUGCUUCUGCUCUUUAAAAAAAAAAAAAAAAAGACUGCAUUCCCUUUGAAAUGAAGCAUUCCUCUGUUACUUGUUCAUGAUGGUGCCUCGCCUGGCUGAGUGAGGCUGGGUGUGUUGGCCUGGAUGACUCUGUUCAGGUAGUAGAAUGACCAUCAUUUUACAUUUUUGAUGUUAAUUGAAGGGCACUUGUGUCGGCUCCAAUUUUGAUUCUUUGGUAUACUCGAUGCAUCCUAGCAAGGAAGGCUUUCUACUCCACUGGAUUCAUAAGAAAUGAAAGUAGGUUAAACUUUAUACUUAGGAUGCAGAUCCCCAUAUGGGCCAGCCGCAAAAAAAGUAAAUUAUUUAUAUUUCACUAACUGGAUUUUCUCUCUCCCCUGUUCCAAAUGGAGUAAAAAUCUGAUGCCAAGAAAAACACUUGGAUCAAGCCUUCCUUGCCAGUGAUUUCCUAAUAAUAAGCAUAUUUUCAUGUGGUCUUCAGUGCAUUUGGUUUUGCUUCUGAUUUCAUAUUCCUUUGAGGUACAGUCAGUUGAGUGCUGAGUUCCAAGUGAGUCCAAUGAGGAGCUGCCUUCCAGCUUUGGAAAAUAUGCAUCCAAAAUAAAACCAAACAUUGUUAUAAUCAACCAACACACAGAAUUAUGGUUCCCACACCUCCUCUACCAAAUGAAACCUGGGAAUUUGAAUGUGACUCUGAGAGUUAACAUUUCUGUCUGUGUGUUGUGUAUGCUAGGUGAUACCCUCAGUAGGGACUGACUACUAGACUGUGUGUUUUAUCAAAGUGUGUAAGAAUAAAAACUCACUUGCACGAAUUGAAAAGUAAAGAAAUGACACUUGUGAACGUGUGAACGUUAACACUGUAGUUGAUAGAUCUUAAGCUGCUAAUUAUUGAGAGAGAAUUAAAUUUAUGUUCUGUCUGGUUGCUGCCGAUUCUCAGCAGCACUUUUACUGUACAUACAAAUUGAAAUAAAGAC